AUGUCCAAGCGCACACUCGACGGCUUCUUUGCCCCCAAGGGCAAGAAGCCAAAGUUGGAUGAACCGAGCGUGCCGUUGACUCCAACUACCAACUCCUCUCACCCAACAUAUCCCUUCCCCAUUCCCAACCUGCCCCCAGAAGUCACCUCGGAGUUUGAAAUGCUUGUCACAGCAGAAGGCAAGUCCAUGACCGACCAACCACACCUCGACCUCCUGUACUUCCAGCCCUUCAUCCCACGCCCGUGCUCCACCACAUACUUCCACUUCCUCCGCUCCCAACUCCCCUUCUACCGCGUCAUCUACACGAUAUCGCGCUUCGGCAAAGAAACCGUCAUCAAUACCCCCCGCUGGACCACCGUCUUCGGCGUCGAUGACACCUCCCUCUUCACCCCCACCGGCACCCUCAUCGAAGCAAGCCCCGCCACCAACAACAACAACGCCGACCCCCGCCCCAUCGCCCGCGACAAGUACAAAUGCCGUCCCCGGCCCAUCCCCGAAUGCCUGGACCUUCUCCGCCGCGUCACCGAAGCCGCCACCGACACGCAAUACAACUUCUGUCUCGUUAACUACUACGCCUCCGGCACGGACAGCAUCUCCUUCCACAGCGACGACGAGCGCUUCCUGGGCCUCAACCCGGCCAUCGCCUCCUUCAGCCUCGGCGCCCGCCGCGAUUUCCUCAUGAAGCAUAAGCCUCCUCCUCCUCCCCCUCCGCCCGCCAAGGAAGGAGCACAGGCGUCUGCAGGGGACACAGCAGCAGCAGCAGCAGCAGCAGCAGCAGCAACGCCCACAACGCGCCCCAUCAAGAUGCCGCUGGGCUCCGGCGACAUGGUGCUCAUGCGCGGCGAGACGCAGAGCAACUGGCUGCACAGCAUCCCGAAGCGGACCGGCAAGGGCGCCGAGGCCGAGCGCGGCCGGAUCAACAUCACUUUCCGCCGUGCGCGGGUCGUGGGUGGGACGGAGAACUAUUACCGCUACAAUGUGGGCGAGGGGCCCGUGCAUAGGUGGGACGCCAGCAGGCGGGAGAUGGGGGUUUGGAAAGGCGAGGCGGGCACGGGCGGCUGA